AUAAUGUCCACAUUGAUACUGCUCGCAUGAGUUGUUCAUUAUUGGUGCGGUGUAACUCAAUCCACGCAGCCGCCGGCUUUCAACUUCUCUAUAUUUUUUUCAUUCAAUCGUUUCUUCUCUCAAAUGCCAUUUCUGGAGCUCCUUUAAAUCCCCGUUCUUGCCUUCUAUAGGGUUCUACCAUGGUCACCUGGAUUUGAAAUCUUUGUUUUACUCUCAGCCUCGGUCGGUCGGUGAUGCUUGGCGUACUCUGUGCACGUCCCAAGCCAUGGAUUUUGGCGGCGCUCUCGUUGUUCCAUGCUCAUGGAUCGACGGCGGUGCAUAAUCGGCUUGCCGGCAGUCCAAUCCGGUCAGUUCUCGUCAACGGCGAUGAUCAUCGGCGGUUUCACCACUCCACCGCUUGCCGAUUCAGCAGCGUCAAUGCUAGGCAGGGCGGCGCCGCGUCCAUUUGGCACGCGAUUCUGCCUGCUCGCCGCGGCCGGAAGAGUAUCUCGAGUAGGUCCGCGGUUUUUCACCGUCACAACUGUGAGCUGACGAAGAAGGGAGGCGAAGGUUCGUGGAAUGCGGCGUGGGAUGCGAGGCCGGCGCGGUGGCUGCAGAAUCCCAACUCCGCCUGGCUCCUCUUUGGCGUCUGCCCCUGCUUAGCGGCGCCUCCGCCCUUUCUCGAUCUUCCCGAGGCUAAUUCCGAGGCCACCAUUUCUCCAGAAGGCCAAGUCGGUGUCCUGAACUCCGAUUCAUCCGCCCACACUCCUUCCAAUUACACAGUCACAGGAGUUCCAGCAGAUGGUAGAUGCUUAUUCAGAGCCAUAGCACAUUUGGCUUGCUUAAGGAAUGGGGAGGAAGCUCCUGACGAGAAUCGACAGAGGGAUUUGGCUGAUGAAUUAAGAGCUAAUGUUGUUAAUGAGCUGCUGCAAAGACGCGAAGAAGCUGAAUGCUUCAUAGAAGGAGACUUUGAUGCAUAUGUUAAAACAAUUGAGAAGCCAUAUGCAUGGGGUGGUGAACCAGAGCUGCGGAUGGCUUCUCAUGUCCUCAAGACACCAAUUUCCGUUUUCAUGGUAGAUAGAAUCUCGGAGAAGUUGAUAAACAUUUCAAACUAUGGUGAAGAAUAUGCCAAGGAUGGAGAAAAUUCCAUCACUGUUUUGUUUCAUGGUUAUGGUCACUAUGACAUAUUGGAGAUCAAGCCAGAGCUGUAAGGUAGAAUCAAAGGGGGUGCAGCGACAUAGUACAGAUUUUUUUAUUGAUUGCAUAAAGAGGUCGGUAAAGAUUAAAAUAUGGGUUUAAAGUAUACAUCCAAGAAGAAAAAACAUAAGUUCUUUUCCUAGUCGGUUGAUGAUCAUCUUGUUUGUGGCUUUAUUGAUUUAUUGUAUUGACAUUUUUUUAAAGGUAGGGCUGUGACAAUUUUGUAGAUUUGGCCAUCUGUUUCUAGUUGGCAGUUGGAAAAUUUGAACUUGUAGAUGUUAAUAAAGCAUCCCCUUCUCUGGUAUCACCUUUGAAUGCCAAGUUUUUAGUAUGAAAGGUUGUCUUGAAAUUUUUGUGUUGAAUGGGAAGUGAAAUAGGGAGUAUGGUAUAUAUAAAAUGAGAAAUGCUAGAGGUACCACAUUUUCUACCCCAUUUUGUACUUCAUCCUAUAUUUGUGGCUCACAAAAAUCCAACCCAAUUAAAAUAAUUGCUCCAUUUUUACUCAUUGCUUUUGUGAACCACAAACAUAGGAGGGGUAGAAAAUGAGGUACAAAAUGGGGUGGCUUUAGGGUCUGUUUUCUUGCAAUAGCUUCUGCUUUUAAAAAAGUGCUUUUUUUAUGAAAUGAGGAGGAGUGAUUAAAUAAAAGUUGAUAGUGUUUGAGAAAAAAGUGAUUUUGGAAAGUAAAAGUGGGUAGUGUUUGGUAAAAUAAGUGCUUUUUGUGUAAUAGAAAAAGUAAAAGCACUUUUGACGCGGAAGCUGAGAAAAAUAAAAGUUGUAGUGUUUGGAAAAAUAAGUGCUUUUUAAAGCCAAAAGCUGAGAAGUGCUUUUUUAAAAGCAGUUUCAAACCAACCCUUAGCGUUAGUGAUAUAGAAGAUCGGUAUGGUGAAUCUAGAGUUAUUACAGAAUGUGUCAAUUUGUUUUUCCAAAUCAAGUAUCAAUAUGUCAGUUGAUUUGUAGAUCUAUGGGGUCCUACAUUCAUAAACUGAUAUUUUGCCAUUACCCCAAAGCCGAGAAUUCUACUUGGUCAAAGGGAACAUAGGGCCAGUACCAAACAAACUUAUGAAGACAAUGUUUUUGUGUAAUGGCAAAAAAGUUAUAGUACGCAAAUAUUUGAUGUUUGGUGCUUCUGUUUUUUGUGUAAUAAUAAGAAAAAAGAAUUUUCGGGUUGUAUUGGUGAAGUUAUCGUAGAUUUUUAGUUAUUUUUCCAUAUAAUUUUUUCUUUAUAUUAUUAAUAAAAUAUAUUUUAAAUAUUUUUGUCAUAAAUCAGUAGAAUCAGUCAAUAUAACCACUUCAGCUAGAAGUUUAUAAAUUUCAUCAAAAUCAACCGAUUCGGCCGAUUUCAGUAUUACAAAAUGGGUUCUAAAUCAUAAGUCUCCACAUUUACCUCUGUCCUUUAUAAAUUUUUGCAAAGUUCUACCAUUACUUUUUAGUGGAAUGUACAAGACGAGAGGAAUUUUUUUCACUAUGACACGAUGACUUACCAAAUUAGAAGUAUAUAGACUAGUUGUGUGUCCUAUGUUGGUCGAUAGGGUAAUGUUUAUUAUUGUUUAUGUAAACUUAAGCAUUAUGUUUACUUUGUUUGGUUCAUUUCUUACUUUAAAAAUGGACACUUACUGUGUUAGUGUCGAGGUUGCACCUAAUGUCCUAAACUCCUAAUGGAAUGAAUUGUGGACGCUUAACUUUGAAUAGAUUGCCUAACACCAAUUAGAGAAUCAAAAGGACAUUCUUGGUGUACUCUUUUGAAGAUUCUAGCUUGUAUGCAUAGACAAUAGCCGA